AAAAUAAACUCCAAAAAUGUCCGGGAAAAAUAGUUUGCUGACCAAAAACGUAUUUGUCCAUAUCUCCUCAGUUGCUGAAGAAAGUGGUAAAAGAGGCAAGGCUAUCACCGUCCCUUGUAUCUCCAUCCUAAACUCUUCCUCCGUCGCCCUCUACUCCCAAUACAACGAACUCUACAAAUAAGUACUCCUAUGAGAGGAACAGUGAGUUUGGAAGGAAUUUAGGCAGAGAUUUUAGUUGUAGAGGGAGGAUUUUUGACCAUAAGGAUAGUGAUAUUGCGGUUAUAAGUGAGAUAGUGGAGCAAGUCAGGGAGAAAGUGACGGUAGAGAAGGAGAAUAUGUGAUUUGUGGGAUUUGGAGAAAAUGCGUUUGGAAAAUCUUUGAUAAUGGGGACGCUACCUUGUUUCUCAGAUAAUGAACAUAAUAUUGGAUUUUACACCCUGGUCACGUUAUUUUAUCAAAUUGAUCAAGAGAGAAGCAGAGGAAUGAACACCUACCUCAAGAUAAAGGCAAGUGAAGUAUUUGAAGACCAGAUAAUUGACCUUGUUAAAGGACAAUACAAGGAGGCCAGAGCUGAGUGCUCAUAUGCGACUGCUGAAGAUAUAAAUGAUGCUGUGGCCACUCUUCAAGCAAUUUAUACAAUAAGAGCUAAAUAUAUCGAGCAACUAGAAAAUGAAAGCUAUGACACAGCAUGAAGUCAGAGCCAUUUGGUGGUAGAGCUAAAUAUUGACGGCGGAUCAAGAAGCGGUGUAGUUUCUAUAAUUGACUCUGUUGGGUUUGACUCAAUUGGAUGCUCAAAAGGAUUCACUUCUACAUCGUAUUCACCUAAGGAUAACUCAAGUGAACCUGAGAUUUGCACUAACCAGAAUGAAUACUUUAUGUAUAGUUUAAAAUAACCUCCUUUAUGAGCUUUGUGCUGAUGGUAAUCAGAUGACAGUAAAUAUGAUUGGGCUAGUAAACUCCUCAAUGGACUGAUUCCAAGAAACUUUAGUCACUCUUGAACUUUUAGAUCGCUUCGCUUCAGCAGACUUUGAUUUAGAUGAAAGUCUGAUGUUUGUCGAUGAAAACUGUAACACAGUUUUUGUUCCUCAUUUCUCUCUGAAUGGAAGCAAUAGUGACCCAUACAGACCAAAGCAGCACCGGAGUCCUUUUGAGCCAAUAUCAAGUCCAAAUGAAGGUUCACAAAGAGACAAGUAUAAAAAGAUCCAAAUUUCUUAUCUUGAAGACAGAUUUGAGGACAAAAGUAUAAUAAGAGGAUUCAAAAAUCCCCAUCGAGCAUCAGGAAUUUCCAAUUCUUACAGCCAAGACUCAGUGAUCAGCGGAGAACUAAAAAGAACUAUCAAAAAGGAAAUUGAAGGUGAAGUUGAUAAGCUAAUGUCUAAAUUCUGCACCAAAGAAGAACUCAAGGAUAUUUGCCAAGAAAAUAACCACCCUAAUAUUCGAAAAUCUGUUGCAAAAAGGCAGAGGAAUGAGAUCCAGCAUUUUACUGAUGAGCUAAUUGAUAAAAUUAACACUAAACUCUCCCAAAGAGAUGACUCAAGUGAAAGCGAGAUUAGUGAUGCUAAAGGCGGGACAUAUAUGAAUAACCAUAAGGAUUCAAAUAACACUAGCUCUAUUUUGUUCUCUAAGAAGCACAUUAUGAGAAGCCAUCCAAGAUUUGAGAAAAAUAAUAUGUCUAAGCUAGCUUUAAAAGAAAGCGUUCAGAACUUAUCCCCAAUCUCUAAAGGAUCAAACCAGGAUAUAGUCAGGCAAGAUUGGAAUGAGCUCUCAAAAGUAGAGGAGAAGGAAGACACUCCAUUCGCAAGAGAUAUAGUGAUGGAUCAAUCAGAUGCUGAGAAGCAGCCUAUAUCUGAACAGUCAAGCCUAAGUACAGUCAAAAAGGAUAUUCCUGACAUAAAAGGAGAGAUAAACAUCAUCAACAACUUGAAGGAAUCUCUUCCUUCAGAAUUUGUGAAAAGUUUUAGCUCAAAAUAUGAAUCUCAUUCUCAAAAAGAUGAGUCAUUUGAAGAAGUGAAGCAGACUGAAGAGCCUGGACUCUCCAUACACGAAUCCAGCAGAGCUUUUGAAAAACGAACAAAAGAAACUAUUAAUGAGACUGCAGAAGAUGAUGUCAUUGACGUAGAGAUGAUCAGAGUUGCAACUGGAAAUUCAGGUAAAAAGCAAAAGAAGAGAAAGAUAGAUAAACAGUUUAAAAAUGAAGGAAUUAAAAUAAUCCAAGAUAGUCUCAAGAAGGCUGAAAAUGUCUUCGGUGACUUAUUAACUAUGCUCCUUGGCAAUGGAGCAGAGACUGUGAGAGGCAGGAGUAAGAAAAGGGGAAGAAGAAGCGCUUCCCUCUUCGCCUGCUUUGGUUCUAAAUCCAGAAGAAAGUUACCAACAGAGGAACCAACUGAAACUUUACAACUCAAUAGAGUGAACUCCACUUUAAACGACGACCAUACUUUAUUAGAUACCAAAGAGAAGAAGAAAAAGAGUAAGAAGGACAAAAAAAAAUCAAGGAAAGACAAGUCGAAGAGCAAAGGCAAAAACAAAAAUAAAAGCAAAAAGAAAAAGAAGAAAAUUGAAGAAGAAAAAGAUAAUACACUUGAAAUAUUACAGAAGACACAGCGGAUCCCUGUGAUUAAAAAGUCAAGAAAGUUAGAAGGUUCACAAGUCAUCGAUCUGAACUCCACAUUCAAGAAACCAGAUUUGUUCCCUCAUAGUAGAAACAAAGAGUCUGGUGAAGAAACUCAGUUUAAGACAGAAGGAUAUGAGAGUACUCCAAAAGACUCUUUGACGAAGAAGUUUAUCAAUAAAGGGCUAAUAGAUACUGUUGAUCUUACGAAGCAAACUCCCAGAAUGGCUGAGACUGGUGGUCAAGUCCAAUUCUCAUCACUUACCAAACUUAAAUCGGUGAAGCAUUUUAAGCUUACACCUAGAGGAAAUCUUCAUACUGAUGACAAGGCUAAUGGACUGAAGAGUAGCCAAGAUUCAGCAAAAGUAAAUUUGAAGACUGAAAGAGAUCCUCGCCAAGGCCUCUUCGAUUUCACCUAACUGCCCUCUUCAACCUGCCUAAGCCUUCAUUUAUAAUUUCAAAUU